GGGCUGCUGCUGGCGGCCUCGGGCCCGGGCGCCGCGCGGGCCAAGGAGACGGCGUUCGUGGAGGUGGUGCUGUUCGAGUCGAGCCCCAGCGGCGACUACACCACGUACACCACGGGCCUCACGGGCCGCUUCUCCCGGGCCGGGGCCACGCUCAGCGCCGAGGGCGAGAUCGUGCAGAUGCACCCCCUGGGACUCUGUAACAACAAUGAUGAAGAAGACUUGUAUGAAUAUGGCUGGGUGGGGGUAGUGAAGCUGGAGCAACCAGAGCUGGACCCUAAGCCGUGUCUCACCGUCCUCGGCAAGGCCAAGAGAGCUGUCCAGCGAGGAGCGACUGCGGUCAUCUUUGACGUGUCAGAAAACCCGGAUGCCAUUGACCAGUUAAACCAGGGCUCUGAAGACCCACUAAAGAGGCCAGUGGUGUAUGUGAAAGGCGCUGAUGCACUCAAAUUGAUGAACAUCGUUAAUAAGCAGAAAGUGGCACGAGCAAGGAUUCAGCAUCGGCCCCCCCGGCAACCCACUGAGUACUUUGACAUGGGCAUUUUUCUGGCUUUCUUUGUGGUGGUCUCCUUGGUUUGCCUCUUCCUUCUUGUCAAAAUCAAGCUGAAACAGAGGCGCAGCCAGAAUUCCAUGAACAGACUGGCGGUGCAGGCCCUCGAGAAGAUGGAAACCAGGAAGUUCAAGUCUAAGAGCAAAGGCUCCCGGGAAGGGAGCUGGGGGACCCUGGACACCCUCAGCAGCAGCUCCACUUCGGACUGUGCCAUCUGUCUGGAGAAGUACAUUGACGGCGAGGAGCUCCGAGUGAUUCCUUGUACUCACCGAUUCCACAAGAAAUGCGUGGACCCCUGGCUGCUCCAGCACCACACUUGUCCCCAUUGCCGUCAUAAUAUAAUAGAACAAAAGGGAAACCCGGGCCCGGGGUGCACAGAGCCCGGUAACCCCCCGCGGAGCCGGCAGCCAAGAGUCAUCUUACCUGUGCAUUACCCAGGGCGAGUGCAUAGGACUGGCCAGAUCCCAGCCUACCCCAUGCGGACGAGCAUGGACUCCCAAGGAAACCCCAUCACCCUGCUCACCGUCGACCCCCACGGGGAGCAGGGCCUGUAUGCGGGCCAGGCCCCGGCCUACCUCUCCGGCUACCCGGCGCUUCACCUGGAGCACGCCUUGGCCCCUCACCGCUGCGGCCUAGAGCCCCGGCCUUACGCCUUGCGGAGGCCCAAGCUGGGUGGACGCGGGCCGGCCAAGGCUGCCUGCCUCCCCCAGUACGAGACCGUGUACCAGCACUACUACUUCCAGGGCCUCAGCUACCCCGAGCAGGAGGCCCCGGCCUCGGCCCCCCAGGGGUCCUCCAGGGCCUUCCAGGCGGGCACCAGCGGCCUGCUCUUCCCUGCCACGGUGCGCGUGGCGCCCUCGUCCCACCUGGAGAGCGGAAGCGCUUCCAGCUUCAGCUGCUACCACGGCCACCGCUCGGUGUGCAGCGGCUACCUGGCCGACUGCCCGGGGAGCGACAGCAGCAGCAGCAGCAGUGGCGGCGGUGGCGGAGGCGGCUCGUCCGGCCAGUGCCGCUGCUCCUCCAGCGACUCCGUGCUCGACUGCACCGAGGUCAGCAACCAGGGCGUGUACGGGAGCUGCUCCACCUUCCGGAGCUCUCUCAGCAGUGACUACGACCCCUUCAUCUACCGCAGCCGCAGCCCCUGCCGGACGGCCGACAGCCGGGGGCCCCCCCGCGAGGAGCUCCGGGCCGGAGAGCGGCGGCCAGGCGCGGCCUCCCCCUCCGGGGACCAGCUGUCCAGCUGCAGCCUCGAGGUCAACUACAGCAGCCAUUCCUCUCUGGAGCACAGGGAUGCCAGCGCCUCUACCUCAGAAGGGGGGCCCGAGGCCCCUCUGGGGGCUGCGUGGGACGUCAGGAGGCCCUGGAGGGGCCCCGAGGCCUCCGCAGCCGCCCCGGACCCGGCGUGCGCCUGCUGCUUCGAGGCCCCGCGCCCGGCUCUGGAGGCCGGCAGGGGAGCCUCAUGUAGGACCGACGGGCCCAGGUGCGGGGGCCUGCCCUGCUACUUCUAUGAAGAGAAGCCGGGGGCCCCUGGGGGAGGCGGCGGCAGCUGCUACACAGAGGACUACGCCGUCAGCGUGCGCUACGCGCUGGCCGACGAGACCCUGCCCGGCUGCUAUGCGGGGCCGAGGGAGCUGGGCCAGCGCAUCCCCAUCAUUCCCGAGGAUGUGGACUGUGACGUGGGCCUGCCCACAGACUGCCAGGGGGCCCGACGCUACGGCUCCUGGGACGAGCCCCCCGAGGCAGGCCCGCAGCCCCACCGGGUGCUCAGAGAGGCCCAGGAGGACAGGGACCUGGGCUUCCGGCUUCCCCACGAGGACGAAACCCGGGCCUUCUUCCCGCGGGCCCCCCGGGACUCCCCAGAGGCCGUGCUCCCCAUGGAAGCAGCAGGCUUGGGGUCUCCUCCUCACCCCCCACUGGACAGAAGCGGCAGAGUCGUCUGAGCUCAGAUGGACUUUUAACCCAAAACAGCGACUCGGCAGAGACUCCAAAUUGUUUGACUUCCUUUCAAAAGAAAAAAAACAAAAAACUUUUUUUAGCUUUGACAAACAGAAAAGUGGUAAUAUGGAGAGCCGGCCCUCCCCUCCCCUUUGCCAAGCCGCCACGGCCACGGCACCCCGAACCCCUCCCUUCCAGACAAAUGUUUAUUCUUGUAUUCUCAGAUGUGUGCGCCUGGGCUUCACAGUGGGCUAGGCCCGAGCUCUCUGUUUUUUAAAAAUAUUCUAUGUAAAUGUAAAAAGUGUUAUUUAAAUAUAUAUUUUUAAAAAU